AUGUCGACUUCGGUGCACUCCGGAAACACUACACGCCUUCCCUGCGAUCAGUCUGCCCUACAUACCUCCAAGCAUUUGCUUACCGACUCCGAGUUGGCAUUAAUGCGAGUAAGCGAAGCAAGGCGCAAGAUGCAUCAAAUGAGCAUCCACAAUCGCAGGGCAUGGGGGACAGCGGUCGAAUUUGCAAACAGCAAGAUCAAGGCAGCAGAGGCCGAGACCAAGUACUUUCGAUAUCUGGCCGAGACGAACCAGGCCGAGGAUGCCGAUGUGAUGGAGGAAGUAAGGGAUGCUUCCCUAUUGGUUGAGAAGGCAAACGCCACUAUGCUCGAGAAGCGUCUUUACCAGAGACAAGUCAACAAGAUCACACGCGGAGAAGCUGUCUCAACAUCACUUGCCUAG